AUACUUCCGAGUUCAUCAGUCUUCUGUCGGUUUCUGCCCCGGACCGUGACAGAAUACAGUUGUUCGUCGUGUUUUUUCCUUUUUCCUGGUGAGAGGAUACGGUCGUCAGGAUGGAUGUUUCACAACAAAACGAUGGCGUUUCGGAGAUUUCCAAUAAACUGGAGAAGUAGGUGUCUAACUGCUAACAGCUAGCAUAAAUGCUAACGUUCAGAUGGUUAGCACGAGUGUCAGGACACUCAUGUCAAUGUUUAACAAUGGUGGAGUUAAUCAUCUGUUUUAUUGUGAUCUUUAUCAUGAGUGGGAAAUGUUAUAACUGUAAAGAUUUUUUCAAUCAUAUCAGAUUUUUGGAUUGAUUACUCAUUGAUCAGUAACUGAACAUAUAAGUGGGUCUGAUCUUACCAUCGCUGCACAUGAUGUCCACUCAGCAAAUCUCAUCAUUUCAGUAUUUUAUUCCGAGCUUUGUGGUGUCCCCUCCAAAAAUAAAGAAGGAUUACAAGAAAAAGCAUAAGAAGCAAAGUUCAGUCAAACAACAUAAUGUCUGAAAUUAAUAAAUACACAAAGAACAUAUCCAGACAUUAAAACUGGUACUGACCCUGUAUGUAAGUUAUAUUAAAAGUCCAAAAUAGAGAAACAUAGUAAGUACCAAUAUCUGAUUGAUUAUCAAUUACAACUUAAAAAAAAGUUAACAAAUUUUUGUUGUUUGACAUCAUUUGAAGCUUUCAAAUUCUAGAGCUGGUCAUAGGAAAACUAGUUGCUUAACUGUUCAUGUUAAUGUUAAUUUUUUUUUCAACCAUAUUUUUGUCUUGACAGGUCUCUAACCAUGGACACGGAUGAAAAGAUGGAAGCCUACCAAAGGUAACUUUGACAGAUUAACUUCAGUUUUGUUUUUGAUAUGAUUAACAUAUAAAAAGCUGUUCUCUUUUUACUGUUGAGAUAAAUUCAAUGUGCCUUAUAUUAAUACUGCGAUGGCCUCGUAAUUUUGUAUUUUUCAGGCUUUUAAUCAGAGAGGUUACAAUGUAUCCACUUUCUUAUUCCCUUUAAACAGAAAUUUAUAUCCCGACUGGCCAAUAUUUCUUAAAGCUUUUAUAGCUUGUCCGUGUAAAAUUGUGUGCCCUCAGUGGACAAAACAGUCAUUCGUUAUCCUUCCUCUACAUGCUUGAGUAGUGACUUUUGACACAAAAUUUCAUCCCACUGACCUCUGACUUUCAAACAUAUUAUUGUUAACAUUUCAUGUGGAAAUUGCAAAAACAUGGCCCCUACCACUCACACGGGUUUCAGGCAUUAAGAUUUGGAUAUCAUAAAUCUUCAGUGUCGUUGCUGACAAUCUUGUUUUUUUUUUGUUUUGUUUUUUUUGUAUCAUGACAAGGAAUUGAUAUGAAUUUCAGUUGAUUCCAUUGACAUAUCAAAGUCCUUUAAGAUGAUAAAAGAAAAAUAACAAAAUUCAAAAUUGAGCAAAGUUUAUCCAACAUGGCUUAAAACGGCAUCUCAGAGUCUGCUGCUAAACAUCAACAGACUAGUCUGCAGGGAGCUGCAAAUAUCAUCAGAGAUAGAAACAUGCCUGUGCAUGUCAAACAUUGUACUGGUCUGUUUAACCUAAAUAAAACAACCUCCAUUUGCCAGAUUAGAAUACUGGUAAAAUGUGCUGCGCUACAAGAUGCAAUGUGUCAUCUGUGAAUGUUUACAUCCAGAGCAUUACAGCAGUCAUCAUUAACCAGAGCUGCAGCCAGAGCUGUUGGGGUUGGUUGUCCAACAGCUCAUUAAGAACAUUUGUCAAGCAUCUCAGACCUACAAAAAUACAAAUAUUAAGAAGUAAUUUGACUUACUAAAUAUUGUAGAGAUAAAGCAUGGUGAAGUGUAACUGAUAAGAAGACUAAACAUAUACAUCUGCUUUUUAUAAAUCUGAAUUUUUCCAUAUAAUUAAAAAUAAAAGACAGGGAGGGGCCUUUCUCAUUUUAACUCUAUGUUCUUAUUCUGUAAAAUUGCCCAGGGAAGUUAUGUGGUGAAUAAAGUCACUUGCAAAACUAAAGUCUAUGUUAGUAAUUAAAUGGUUUCAGGUGACAGUUGAUAAUUCUUUAUUUGUGCCCCCUCUCUGCCACUUUCUUUAUACAGUUUUUUAAAUGUAUGUACAUGAACGUUUAUGUAAAAUGAAAUAAUAUUAUUUCCUCAUAAGCCGAAACUCACCUGCAGCAUGUGUAACAUCUGUAAGCAUCCUUGGAUAUGGCAGAAAAACAUGGUCUGAACUCUUGUAGGCUUUGAGGACAUAAUUUUAAUGAUCAAUGAACACCAGGUUAUGAGACACAUUUCCUCCAGUGUUGACUCUUUCUCUUCCUCUUUCUUUUUGUCCUUCUCUCCAACUCUUUCUCUAAAUGUAAAUUAAACACCUGUUUUGACUGUUAUUUAAAAGCUGAAGCCCUCCAGUGUAGGUACAACAGCUUAUUUAAUGAAGAGUCAUUAAUAAGUAUAUUUUAUUUAGAUAAAGUUUAUGGGGCUGACAGCAACAACUCAUACAGCCAGCAUCCCGCUGAUCUGAAAAAAAUGCCCCAGGGUUUAGUAAACUGUAGUUAUAUCUACUUUUGUUUUAAAAUAUUUCCAAAAUAAAAUUAGUACGUAUGAAUCAAGAAAUCAAGGGUUCAUGUGAAUUCUAGAAAAAACAACUUUCAGAUAAGUUAAAAAUAAAUGAUCUUCACUAAACCCUCAGUUAGUAGUUGCAGCUCAAAUAUAAGAAAACAUUUUUUGUUUUUAGAGUUAAACUUCUUCAUGAAAGUGUUCAGCACCACAUGCAUUAAAACAACAAUUAUUAUUUUUUCAGUGGGAUUGAAAAUAACUUUAGCUCUUUAAAUAACAUAUCUACAUUUCAAUUCUUUUUUACCUGAAGCUGUGGUGAUUAAGAGAGAGCAAGAAGAAGAGGUCAUUAUAAUAAAAUAAAGGGAUGAAACUGAAAUAGGACAUUGUCUCUCAUCUCACAGCAGUCAUUCUGUAAUUAACCAAUAAACUAAUCAGCCACUCAACUUUAAAGUUUUAUCUAUGUAUAAGCUUUGGGGACCACAUCCUGUGUUCUAUGUCUUUGUCUCUGUUUUAUGGCAUUAUUCUUGAGACUCUCACUAAGUCCAGACUUAACAAACUGUUCCAGUUUAAAUACAGAUGUUCUAUAGAGUCUCUUCAAUUGUCUCCUAGAGAUGCAUGCUGUGAGAGUGUUUGUCGCAGAGGAGAGAGAGGAUGAUCCCACAUGGCUUUAAUAAGCAAUUAUUUGUCUUUCUGCCCUUUAAAAAUAACCAAAUCGGAACCAAAAUAACAUGGGCACCUUUCUGUUAGGUGCUAUUCAACAUACAUCUGUUGACUGAGUGAGAGAUUACAUCUCAUCUGACCCGAUCUUAUUUAAUUAACAAAAAUCUGUAACUUAAUGAAUUAUGACUUUGUUUUAUGUACACAUUUGUAUGUAGGAAUCUUUUUAGGUGUCAGGGGUUGGUUUUAUGAUGAAACAAUCUUGUUCAUAAAUCGAUUUUUGUUGCCUCUUUGUUGAAACUGGUAUUGAUUUUGUUUUUUUGCAGUUAUUUUAUCAAAGUUCAAAAUUCUGAAAAUGUGCCAACCCUAUUCCAGAUCUCAUGGCUGUUAUUUAUAACUAAAUUCACAUUUAUGCUCUGUCUCUCCUUUUUAGAUACAUUCAGAAGGGUAAAGAUGUUGCCAGAGAGGGGGACCUGCACAAAGCGCUGGAGUUCUUCAAAAAGGCGUAUAAAAUUCACCAGAGUCAAAAACUUGAAAGCAGGAUAAAGAAAAUAGAAGAACUUGUUUCUCAGGAGGAUUCAGAAGAGGAAAAUGAAGAGUUUGUCAAUGUCAACAACAGUGGUUUAAUGCUGUUCAAAGACUUACAUGACAAGCUGUAUGACUACCAGAAAAGUGGAGUGGCUUUUUUGUACAGUCUGCACAGAGAUGGUUGUAAAGGUGGGAUCCUGGCUGAUGACAUGGGCCUUGGUAAAACCAUCCAGGUAAUAUCAUUCCUUUCUGGUAUGUAUGACAACGAGCUGGUCAAACACACUUUGUUGAUCAUGCCAACCUCGCUCAUUACAAACUGGACCAAAGAGUUUGCCAAAUGGACUCCUGGCAUGAGGGUCAAAGAGUUUCAUGGGAUCAGCAAAGGCGAGAGGACUAGGAAUUUGGAGAAAGUUCAGAGGAGAGGUGGCGUUAUCAUCACCACAUACACCAUGCUGCUAAACAACUGGCAACAACUAUCUUCAUAUCAAGGAAGAGAGUUUACGUGGGACUACAUGAUCCUGGACGAGGCACACAAGAUCAAAGCAACAACCACCAAAACAGCCAAAAGUGCAUACGCCAUUUCUUCAAAAAACCGAGUUCUCCUCACUGGAACUCCAGUCCAGAACAACCUGAAAGAAAUGUGGGCACUCUUUGACUUUGCUUGUCAGGGCACUCUCCUUGGCACAGCUAAGACUUUCAAAACUGAGUAUGAGAAUCCAAUCACCCGCGCCAGAGAGAAAGAUGCCACUCCAGGGGAAAAAGUUCUAGGAUGUCGUAUGUCAGAGGUUCUAAUGACCACAAUCAGACCAUACUUCCUACGCAGAACAAAAGCAGAGGUGCAAAGCAAAAUGAACGGCAAGCAUCCAUGCAAAGAGGAAAAUCUGGACAACAAGGACAGUCAAAACCAGCACUCUGCAAAUGAAUCUGGAGCAGUUAUGCCUACACUGAUGAGAAAGAAUGACCUGGUUGUCUGGACUUACCUGAGCUCUGUUCAGGAAGACAUUUACAGGCAAUUCUUAUCUCUGGAUCACAUCAAGGAGCUUCUCAUGACCACCAGAUCUCCUCUAGCUGAAUUAAACAUUCUGAAGAAACUCUGUGACCACCCCAGACUGCUCUCUGCUGCAGCCAUAGCCAACCUGGGCUUGGAUGAAAACACAUCUGAGAGUCAACAGAACGGCGAGACGGAGACAGCCGCAAACAGCAUUGCAAACAUCCCAGACGACACCUUGAUAUCCGAGUCUGGGAAACUCAUCUUCCUGUUUUCUCUUCUUGAACAGCUCAGAGAGGAGGGCCACCGCACCCUUGUCUUUGCUCAUUACAGAAAAGUUCUUGACAUUAUUGAACGUAUCCUGGGAAACAGAGGCUUCAAAGUGAUGAGAUUGGAUGGCACAAUAACGCAGAUGGCAGAAAGACAGAGACGCAUCACUCUGUUCCAAACAGACAAAUCCUACUCUGUCUUCCUCCUCACCACGCAGGUCGGAGGAGUCGGCAUCACCUUGACUGCAGCAAACAGAGUCGUGAUCUACGACCCAAGCUGGAACCCUGCAACAGACGCCCAGGCUGUCGACAGAGCAUACCGCAUUGGCCAGACUGAGAACGUAGUCAUCUACAGGCUGAUCACCUGCGGCACAGUAGAGGAGAAGAUCUAUAGAAGGCAAGUUUUCAAAGACUCCCUCAUUAGACAGAAUACCGGGGACAAAAAGAACCCAUUCCGAUACUUCAGCAAGCAGGAGCUAAAGGAGCUUUUCACACUAGAGGACACCCACUCUUCCUCCACCCAGCUGCAGCUUCAGGCCCUGCACUCCAGACACAGACGCACAGACCCUGAGCUGGACAAGCACAUCGCCCACCUUCACUCCUUGGAGAUGUUCGGGAUAUCUGACCAUGACCUUAUGUUCUCCCUUGACGUAAACCAUGACAAUGAAACCCCAGAAGGGGAAGAGGCUCACUACAUCGAAGGGAGGGUGCAGAAGGCCCAGGAACUGAUUAAGGCUGAGUCACAGCUUCAGAUGCAGCUGACAGAAAACAUGGCAUCAAGCACAGAGCCUGCCUGGCUCCGGAAAACAGUGGAGAACAGCAACAGAGAGUCAUCUCAUGAGAAGAAACAGAGUUCACCCUUUCCACGGAACAACACAGACUUUAACAGGUCGCCUGUUGUGGUGGAGUUGGACCAGUCCAGUUCUGGCAUGGAGGACUCACCAAAAAACCUAAGUGAGCAAGUUAUUGAUCUGACUGCAGAUGAUGAGAGUAUGUCUGAGGAAAACCCUGCUGCAGAUGUUAGACAUGACAAUGUGUUCAAGCAGUACCAAAGUUCCCCGAUCCAGCAGCCAGUCAAGCAGGAGAGGAGCUACUUGGAAUUAGAAGAUGACUCUCCUGAAGAAGUGGUUGAAGAAUUAUUGGUGAUGCCGGAGGCCACCAAGGCUGCAGCAGGUGACUCAGUAAAUGUUUUGAAUCACGAACCAAUGCACCAGUCGGCUUUGUCUGAGGCUGCAGCUCUGUCAGGAGGUGAGGACAAUCCAGCAUUUGUCACAGCAGUUGAAGAUGAUCAGCUAAAUGGAACUACAGACUCCAAACACAACUUAAAGAGGGAUUCAGGGCUUCCUCAUGUCACACCCUUGCAAAACAAAAGACUUUCUGUCCUGCAAGGAUUAAAUGCAAGUUUCAAAACAGACACAUCAUCCAGAGUCAGCACAGGACUGGAAUCUUUUGAAGGCAACUUCAAUCUGCAGCUUGAGGACAGCGACAUGUUCUCUGACCAGGAAGUCGUUGAUCAUCAGGAGACUGAAGCUGAGGAGAGGGAGCUGCUCUCACAGCUGAAAAUGGAGGAAAGUUUUGACGUGAAUAAAUCCCUCUCUGAGAGACAAGAUAAAGAAUCACUUGAGCAAAGCCUCAACGACGUCCAGGCCUCAGAAACGGAGGAGUUGAUGGACGAUUCUAUUGUGGUAACCAAGAAGAAAAGGGCAGCAGUGAUUUAUGAUAGUGAAGAAGAGGAAGAUGAUCAUGAUUAUCAUGAUGACGAUGGUGGUGGUCAUGAAGAGCAGGAGCUGAAGAGUCAACUUGAAACUUCUUUCCAGGUUCUUGGAGCAUCCACACCUAAAUUAGUACCCAAUGGGUCCACCCCUGUCCGAUCAAGGAAGAGUGUGGGGGGAAACACCUCUGUGGCCUCACGCCGGUCCCUCAUUCAGUCCAUCAUUGAGGACAUAGAGAAUCCAAACCAAAGCAAAGAGGACGAGGAUGAUGUUUAUCAUCUGACGAAUCACUCUGAUGAAGCUGAAGAGGAGAAAAUCAUUGAUCCAUCUUGGGAUGAGCUUCAGCUGGAGGAGACUGUUGGUGAGACUUUAAACACAGAGGGAGAGGAGGAAGUGGAAGAAGAAGAGAUGGAGGAAGAAGAAGUAGGAGAGGAGGAGGAGGAGGAGGAUUACUCUCAGUCAAGGGAGUCUGUGGAUGAAUCAGAAGAGGGACUCCACAGUAGCAUGGAGGAAUCAACUGGUGAUCCUGAGCUAGCAUCCUCUGAAAGGUUCGAUCAGUGCACCACAGAUCCAGGAGUCAACAACAACAUCUUAGAGCUUGAGGAGGAGAACUACGACUCCCUAGUCAGCAGAGGCAAAGAGAACUACAGCAAAGGGAAGCUGGACGACGCCUUGAGCUUCUUCCUAAGAGCUAUCGACAUCAAACCUGGAGAUCCUGAGAUUCAGUUCAUGACCAUCCAGCUGUACCGGCAGCUGAGUAAUAGGAGUUAACACCUGCUCAUAACAAUCCACAGAAGUCAGAAGAGACUUCUGAGCACCUGCCAACUGCAAGAAACGUUGAAAUGGAUUGUCAAAGUCUAACUGGCUGCUUAACCAAUCCCAUGUGCACAACAGAAUUAACACUUUGUGAAGCUGUCUUUUAAAGUUUUCUUUUUUCUGCCUGUGUUUAAAGUUGUAACAUGCUUCAAGGAUUAUUAAGAUAUGUGGGGUUUAACUUUAGGAUAUUGAUUCUGAGUACCAAAUUUAGAGCUGCAGCCAGACAUUAUUUCAUGUGUAUUUUAGGGAUAGUAAUAAGAAAUUUAACUCUGCCAAACUAACAAAUUUAAAGGUGAGAAAACACUCAAAAACAGUCCAAAUCUGGCACAAUUUAGUCUGAGUCUGAGGCUCAACUACGCCAACUUGAUUAAUCAAGUGUGACUGACACUAGCCUUUGGUUCUCCUAGCAGGUUGAUGGCCACAUGCCUGUUCUCGUUAUACAUUGCUCCAGUAGAGUGGUUAUAUGCCAGUUAAACUUGACACAGCCUACUCACAACUUAAAAACUGCACCAUGUUUUGAGAUACCAGAAUAAUUUUCUCUGUCUUUUUUUUUUUUUUCAUUUUGUGUAACACUGCUGCUAAAAGUUUGGACUAGAUUUCUAUGUUGUGAAUUCACAAAAAUUACAGGUAUGAACCUUCUUUGGCAGAUUGUUCUGUUUAAGUGGUCAGCUCAAUGGUAAGGGUGACUCUUUGGAAAAAAAAAAAAAAAAGACUAUCUUGGGGAAUGUUUUAUUUAACCAUUAUGGCAAGUCAGAUUUUAUUUUUUGACAUCUGUUUGCUAAAAAAAACUAUCUUUUGGGACUUGCUCUUGUAUAUAACGUUGUCAUUAAAAAUGAGAAUUAUACCAGUAAAAUAGUUCUGGAAUUACAUUGUGAG